ACACAGUUGCGAAUAAAAAAUUGUCGUAUUGCCAGUAUUGCCUAUGGUAUCAAGAGCAGUCGUGAUUUGUGAUGUGAAUGUGAUUUACAUUACGAUUUUGCGAAUUUUUAUCUUGUGAAUAUAGUAAUAGUGGAAUUUUGUUGUGCAUUGUAAUGUCGUGACAGUGAAAUAAAAUGCAGUUCUACAAAGAGAGAAUACUCAAUGCUGCCCAGUUAAAAAGACUAAGUGAACACAAAUAUUCUUGUACGAGUGCCAGUAUAUUGGAUGCAUGGCUCCAGCCGUGGUGGUGCUGGCUAGUAUCUAAAACGCCGCUAUGGCUUGCGCCGAAUCUCAUCACAAUAUUAGGUUUAAUAGUAAAUGUAGUCACCACACUAAUACUAGUUUGGUUCAGUCCCGACGCGAGGCAAGACCCGCCGCGAUGGGCGUGCGCACUAUGCGCGCUAGGAGUCUUCAUCUACCAGAGCCUGGACGCCAUCGAUGGCAAGCAGGCGCGACGCACAGGCAGCCAGUCGCCUCUGGGCGAGCUCUUUGACCACGGCUGCGACAGUAUAUCCACCGUGUUUAUAGCGCUAGGCGCCUGUAUAGCUGUCAAACUAGGAGAGUACCCUACAUGGAUGUUCUUCCAGUGUUUCUGCGCGAUGACUCUGUUCUACUGCGCUCACUGGCAGGCGUACGUGACCGGCACGCUCAAGAUGGGCCGGAUAGACGUCACGGAGGCUCAGUACUCCAUCAUCGCCAUCCACCUCGUGUCCGCCACACUCGGCCCCAGCUUCUGGGCCACUCAGAUCCCCCCGCUGGGCGUGCCGCUGAGCCUGCAGGUUACCUCGAUGUGCUUCGCCGCACAGUUUUACUUUGCCACCAACUUUUUUUCUACAUUCCGAGUUAGGGGAUGUGGCAAAAACGGAUCGACCGUCGCUGGCACGAGUAUCCUGUCGCCGGUGAUCCCGUUCUCGCUGGUGGUGGUGCCGGCGUUCAUCAUCUUCCAGAAGAGUGAGUCCAACGUGUACCAGCACCACCCGUCUCUCUACAUCAUGGCCUUCGGUAUGGUCGCCGCCAAGGUCACCAACAGGCUUGUGGUGGCGCACAUGACAAAGAGUGAGAUGGACUACUACGACUGGUCGCUGCUGGGGCCCGCCAUGCUGUUCCUCAACCAGUACUUCAACCACGCGCUGCCGGAGUACUACGUCCUGUGGCUGUGUACGAUCUGGGUGUGCGUGGACCUGAUCAGAUACUGCGGCCAGAUCUGCCUGGAGAUCUGCGGGCACCUGCGCAUCCAGUUGUUCCGCAUCACGUCCCCGCCGGCGGCGGCCGCCAACGAUGAGGCGCGAGUAUCGGAUAAAAGUUAUCUCAUACACAUAGGAAGCUGUGACUAGUAAGUUAUGGACGUGCCGACUUCACAACACAUCUCACAACUUUUAUACCUACUGACAAACGCGGUGUUAUUUUAAUAUGAAUUUUAUUGGUUUCGACAAAAAGCUCAAAAUUAAACACACACAUAGUGAAACUACCAAUAUCUUGUAGUAGAUACACAAACGUAUGCUUUAAGUAGUGAACAUAAAGUUCACUAUUGUUAGCACUGCAAAUGGUGUCCUAAAAUUAUAUUUUGAUCAACAUCGCGAUUGUCAGGAGACAAUAGUCUGAGUUAAUACUACUCUGCUAACUACACAAGAAUACACGAACACUACACACAUAUACGCACUUACAUGACAUUCGUUACGUGUGUAGAUCGAUGUUGAAUUCUGUUAAAAUGGACGGCGAAACAGGUCCGUUGUAAAUAAUUCAUUGAUUUAAUUUAUUUUUAAUUUAUCAUUCAUACAAAUCUGUUUCGAUCGUCUGCGUUCGUCAUACAGUAGUAAGUGCAUAUCUGAAUUAAUAAAACGUUUAACGGAAUACAACCUUGAGUUAAUGUAACUAGGUAUUAAAAUUGCUAGUUGUAGGUCAGGUAGACACCAGCUAGAACAUACAAUACGGUAAUACUAGAGAUUAUAUAUGUAAAUAGCUAAAGUAUGGAAAUAUCCACCAUGUUCAUAAAGAGAGUUGAAGUAAAAACUAAAUAUUGUAUAUUUUUGAAUACCAUUUCUGUUGUGAUUCACAGUUCAGUUUACUAGUGAGUAGUCGAUCGUAUCAUUGAUAGAGAGUGUCAUCUCUUGGCCAAUUUAUUAGCGAAAUUAGAUAAAUAAAGAAAUGUAGAAAAUUUAUAUUCUAUCCUGUUGGUACCUUAAUUGUUUUAUUGCUAUAAUAUGGUGUUUUACUACACUAUUUGUCUAUUUCUCCCAGAAACAAUAGGUUCCUAGAAAUGUUUAGUAAAUAAAUCUUGUUGUAAAAUGUUACUACGACUGUUACGCGAUGAAGGCAAUAUAAUACUGUGACUUAGGUAAUUCUGUCUUUCCAUUUGUGUAGAAUGUUAGGUGUUGUGAUAGAAACGCGUCUAGCUCAGUGCUAGUCGAGAGGAGACAAACUUAAUUCAUUUUGUAUAAGAAAAAAAUCAAUAACCUAAGACAUAUUUGAACCGAGAUUAAAGAUUAAAAUGUACAAAUUCCGUAAGUCCCUCUCGACCCGCACUGACUCCAAUGUAUUAGAGAAUAGAAAGUGUUUAAAUAAUGAUGCUCUACUAAUACUAGAUGUCUUUCGAUCCAUCAUGUUGCUACUGCCAUUUAACCUGUACCUUGGCCAUAAGUUUACAAGUUAACUAAAACGUAUUUUUUGUAUGACAAUUGACAAGUUUUACAGCGCCUCUUGUGGUCGGUUACGGAACUAGAAUCUGCCAUACAAAAAAUACGUCGUAGCUAUCGAGUAUCUACAAAUAUUAUUGCUUUACGCCCGAAUACUGGAACGCUACUCAAUUUUAAGCUGUACUUAAAUACCGUGCUAUCUCUGUGGUCACAAAGAAAUUCUAGUGACAGAACUUUUCUUGAAAGCGGCUUAUAAUUGAGUGGCGUUUCAGUAUUCGACCACUAAUGUCAUAGGUACUGGAUGGCCGCGGUGACAGCUGUCUAACUACUCUCUCGUAGCUCUUUACAUAAUUCUCUUCUUCUAUACGCUAUUUAUAUAUGUACUAUGUAUGAAGUGAUGACGCUUGCAACUGCUAGACAUGCGCGAUGUUUACUGUCUCCUCAUCUAGUCGGUUAAAUUUGAAUUUAAAAUAGUUAGUGCACAUAUUGGAGCUCAAGUGUUAAGAGUAGCUACGCCUCCAUAGUGCUAAGUGUGUAAAUACGUGUUAAUUAUUGAUGUUACACAAAACGCAAGCCCGCUGUAUCAUAUACUGUUAAAUGUAUUUUUUAUGUGAAAUAUAACAAAUGUACAUUUUCA